AUGUCAGCCCUGGCAAUACCAAACGACCGAUACGGAGUGGUGGUCGUACCCACUUCCUCCAAUCAAACCGAUAAUACACCUGACAUGCCAGAGGACCUUGAUGGAGGAACUUCGCCCGUACAAGCCAGUACAGCCUUGCCCAUAACAUCCCUUUCGGCACCUGUUUACAUGCCUCCACCGACUCCAGUGGUCGUCGUAUCGUCCCAGCCGACGGUCACGAUCGCCGAGAGUCUCACCUCUGCGAGCCACGACGGCACGCUUUGUCUGGGCCUAGCGGGGAGUGCGCUUGGUGUCGCUAUCGUCGCGGCGGCAUUUUACCUGUGGACCUGGCGAAGCGCGCGGGUCCUGGGACGGACCCUGUCGAAGGAGAAGCUGCCCGCAGGGGAAUGGAUCCCUGCAGCCACGUCUACAGAUGUGGGAGGGCAGACUGUUAUGGAUCAUUCGCACAAAGGAGUUGCACCUUCAUCUGAGAUUCGUAGAGAUGGGUCGCUGAGGGUCGAAACCAUAGUACCGCGUCGACAGAGCAUAACAGGUCGGGUGAACGCCUUGGAAGGGCAUGUGGGUUGUCUAGAAGGGCAAGUGGAAUAUUGUCUAGAGAGACAGAUAGAACACGAUCGUACUUUGGAAGGAGAUCCUCCGGCUUACUCCAUACCAGAAGGCAACGAGUUCUUGACCCCUUGA